CGCUGUAGCAACGCGCCGUGCGGCGCAGGGGAGGGGAUGCUCGGCGCAGGCAUGGCUCCCGGCGGACACACAGCCCUGCCUGCCGCAGGCCAUGGGCUCCCUUGAAGAGGCAGCACCCCAACCCCAGCCCAGAGGGAUGUGGAGCCACAGAGGACCCUGUGACUGACGCAGCCCCUCCAGCCCGUAGCUGAAUGGAAAGACUGCAGAAGCAACCACUGACCUCCCCUGGGAGCGUCUGUUCCUCCCGUGGGUCCAGCGUCCCUGGCUCGCCCUCCAGCAUCGUGGCCAAAAUGGACAACGAGGUCCUGGGCUACAAGGACCUGGCCGCCAUCCCCAAGGACAAAGCGAUCCUGGACAUCGAGCGCCCGGAUCUGAUGAUCUACGAACCCCAUUUCACCUACUCCCUCAUGGAGCACGUGGAGCUGCCCCGCAGCCGAGAGCGCUCCCUCUCUCCCAAAUCCAUCUCUCCUCCUCCAUCUCCGGAGGUCAUCCGGGAAUGGCUGGAGAGCAGGACCCCCAGCAGUGCCCCCCAGCCCACCUCUCGCCAGGGCAGCAGCUCAGCCCGCAGCAGCGUGCAGCACUUCCACCGACCUGAGACCGACACGACGGAGCUCAACAUAUACAAGAAACCUCCGAUUUACAGGCAGAAAGAGCACCAUUCGGGCGCCCACCACGGGAAGCAUCUCAUAGAGGACUUGAUCAUCGAAUCCUCCAAGUUCCCGGCGGCGCAGCCCCCAGACCCCAACCAACCUGCCAAGAUUGAGACCGACUAUUGGCCGUGCCCCCCAUCCCUGGCCGUCGUGGAGACGGAGUGGAGGAAGCGGAUGGCCUCCAAGAGAGGGGAGGAGGAGGAGGAGGACCUGACGGAGGAGAUGAAGAACCUGCGGGAGCUCCAGAGGCAGGAGCUGAGCAAGGUCACCUCCAACCUCGGAAAGCUCAUCCUGAAGGAGGAGAUGGAGAAAUCUCUCCCCAUCCGGAGAAAAACCCGCUCGCUGCCGGACCGGACACCCUUCCACACGUGUGCGUGGGGUGCUCUUCCCUUAUCCCUUCCCUUCCCCAGCUGGUGGCUUUGGCUGCCUGCACCCCUGCCAGCUCCCCCACACCCACCAUCACCCCCCACCCUGACGCCGUCCCGGCUCUCAGGCGAUGCCGACACCGACAGCAGCCACUACGAGUCCUACGAGGAGGAGGAGGAGGAGGAGGAGGAUGGCGUGACGGACCGUGCCCACUACCUGCGGCGACCCCCAGCCCCCAGCCCCGACGCCGACCCCCCCGGUCGCCCCCAAGCCCAACUCUGUGGCUUCCUCUGGAGGAAACGCUGGUUGGGGCAAUGGGCGAAGCAGCUCUUCAUCGUCCGGGAGCACAGGCUGCUGUGUUUCAGGUGUGCUGCCGACCCCCAGCCCGUGCUGGAGCUGGACCUGCGGGGUUGCCACGUGGCUACCAAAGCCAAACGUGGCAAGAAGAUGCCCCACACCCUGAAGGUGACGGGGAGGACGGGAGAGGGGCUGGUCAUCGGUUUCCAGAGCCGGCAGCAGGCUGAGGACUGGAGGAAGGUGAUCGAGGAGGUCAGCAGCGAUGCCCCGAGCGGGCUGGCAGCCGGCAGAGUCCCAUCAUCACCCUCCUCCAGGCUCAGCAGGGCUGCCCACCUUGGCGAGGAGGAGGAUGAGGAGGAGGAUGGCUCCCCGCAGCGCCCUUCCCGCAGCCCCCGGCCCGGAGAGGAUGCUAAAGGAGGUUUCCUGGCGGUGCGGCUGCGGGGGCGGUGGCAGCGGCUGUGGUGCGCAGUGCGACAAGGAGCCCUCCGCAUGUUCCCCGAGCCGGGGGGCACCCGGCCCCCCCUCUGCGCCCUGAGGUUGGAGGGCUGCGAGGUCUCUGGGGGGGCUGGCUCCCCCCAACACCUCCGCAUCCGCAUCGCCCAGCGGGGCCGGGAGCUCGCCCUGCUCCAGACGCGUUCAGAUGAGGAGAGAGAAGCCUGGUUGAAGACCCUGCAGGCCAGGGGAGGAGAAGAGCCAUCCGGUGACCCCCCCCACACCCAGACCCCCAGGUUGGGCGAUGCCGGCGGCUGCCCCACUGCGGGUGGGCUGCUGCUUCGCCGUGUCCCGACCCCCAACGCCUACAUGGAUGACCCUUUUGGGCAGCUCCCACCAUCCGAAGCCCCCAAGCACCAUUAUUCCAACGUGGAGAGGCUGCAGCAGCUGCAGCAGAGCUUGGACCGAGCAGUGCAGAGGCAGCGCAGGAGACCCGUGUCUGCUCUGCCCCUCGGUGCCUCCAGCAUCGCCCCCCACAGCACCCCCCCGCCCUCGGCUGCAGGCCUCAUUCCUCACCCCCCUUUUGAAGCGUACCACCUCGGCCAGGAGCGCCCUGAAGCCACCUCCUUCCCCGCUGACGGUGGAGAAGGGACAAGUGAUGCAGAGGAGGAAGUGUGA